GGAGUCUUUUCGAGGUCAAUCCGAGGUCGAAACAAAGCACGCCGUAGCGAUGUUGGGCGUGCUGCCUUCGUUUGAUGGGACGCAAGCGGAAGCGCCCCUACCUUCGGCUGAAGGGGAGCCGCCAGAGCUGGCCCGCGCACCCACAUGUGAUGCUCUGGCCGCCAGCUUGCGGCAAUGCUUGCUGGGCAAAUGCCUCUACGCGGACGUGAAGAGUGUGCUGGAGAGCCGCGCCGACCCAAACUGCAGCUUCAAGUACAAGCUGGGGCCAAAGGAGUUCCAGGGCAGCCCGCUGACUCUCGCGGUGAAGCUGGACAAGCCCAACCUCGUGCGCCUGCUUUUUGCCAGCCAGGCAGACCCCGAGAGCUGCUACUCCAUGAGUGCGGGCCGGAAAGGGGUGCACUGGCACGGCCCCGCGGUGUGCGGCACCGUGGCGCGGGGGAACCUGUCGAUGAUGCGGCUGCUGGUAGAGUUGGAGGCGAACCUGAACGGGCGCCUGGUCAAGUUCAAUGGGGAGCCCAACGUGACUUUGCUCUACGACGCCAGCUACUUCGGCCACGCUCACCUGGUGAGGUUUCUGCUCCAGCAGAAGGGGAACCCCGACCUGUCGGUGAAGUUUCAGGAUGACAUGAGCAUCAUGAGAACGCCGGUGCACAUUGCCGCCAGCCUGGGCCAUUCCGAGGUGGUGCGGGUGCUCCUGACGGCGAAGGCGCAGAUCUCCCACCCGGCCGCGUGUGGUGGGCCGCCAGAGCUGAAGGACGCGGUGGACGGGUGCCACGUGGAGGUGGUGAAGCUCCUGGUGCAAGGCAAAGCGGAUAUCUUCUCGGGUGAGGAGGGGCGGGGGGUGGACUACUUGUUCGAGGCCAACAACUCGGUGCUGGUGGCGGCGGCCGCCACCGGGCUGAAGCUGGGGGGGCAGAUGGAGCUCAGCACCGUGGAGGACUUCAUCCGUUUCCUGGCCACGCCGGACGCGGAGGAGAUCGUGCCGGCGGCCUUCUCGCCCUGUGAGCUGAGGAGUUGGCGGGGCGAGAAGCGCUUGGUUUGGCGCACCGCCUAUGUGCUGCAUGGGGAUAUGAACGUGGCAGUGGGCCCCACGCGGGACCACUUCGAGAAGCAGUUCCUGCAAGUCAUGGAGCGCGCGGCGGCGUCCCGAGACAACCUCGGGGAGGAGGAGGAGGACCAUUUGGAUGAGCGGUUCCUGGAGUCUCUUCUGCCACACCGCUUCGAGAAGCUACCAGGGCAGAGCCAGAUCCCCGUGGAGCUGUUCCAGUGCCUCCUGCCGGGCUUGCACCGGAACCCCGAGGUGCUCUGGGUCCUGUCCUGCGGCGUGAACGACCGGAUCUUCGACCAGCGCGGCGCCCGGGCGAUCAUCCAGGUGGCCUGGAAGGAGGCGGAGCUGGCGCACACCGUGGCCCUCAUCGUGGACACGCUGAUGGCGGUGAUCUUCGCGCUGCUGGCGCUUCUUCUGCACGACGCCGAGAUGCAGCGGGCGCUGUGGCUGCGGUGGCCCUGCCUGGCUGUCGGCUCGGUGAUCCUUCUCCGGAAGGUGGGCCACGAGGUCUUGGAGAUCAUGGGCCACUGCAUGCACGGCCGCCUGCGGCAGCACAUCCUGUCGCUGCACUUUGCGGGGAACGCCUUCCGCGUGGCGAGCACUGCCGUGAGCCUCAUCGGUCUGAUGACGGCCUGGGAGGAGUUCCAAAGCAACCACGCCCUGCAGCUGGUGUUUGCCUCUGCGGGCUUCGCUCGGUGGCUGUGGGUGCUGAACGCUCUGAAGGGCUUCGAAAGCACGGGCAAGCCUAUGCUGCCCAUCCUGCAGGCGGUGCCCGCAACGAUCCCCUUUUUCUUCGUGAUCUUCUGCUGGUUCGCUGCCUUCAUCCACUUCUACUACUGCUUCGGGCUGCAGCACUGGUGGACCAGCAGUGUGCUGUUGUACAAGCUGGGCUUCCUGGCGGAGGUGGCGGUGGAGGACAUGCUGCCGACCAGCGUCGGCACGGAGAAUUUCUGGAGCCUCCCGGUGGACGUGGUGGUGAUGGUUAUGAGCUUUAGCAUGGCCAUCAUCCUGAUGAACCUGCUGAUCGGAGUGCUGGCGGAGAGCUACAACCGAGGCUGGGAGCACCGGGAGCGCUUGUUCCUGCUGGAGCGGUCCCGCUUUGUGCAGCGACACUUCACCAGGUCUUCAGCCUGGCGUCGCUGCCCCUGCGCGCGCAGGGCACGGGUGGCGGACGCGUCCAGCCGGGACCACGUGUGGUAUGCUCAUCCGAAAGCCCCGUCCUCCUGGGGCGACAUUUCGGCAGACUACGACAGCAUGGACAUGAACGUCCACGAGAAGAUCUCGGAGCUGCGGCGGGAGCUGCGGGAUGCCUUGGUGAAGGUCAGCGAAAAGACCCAGGCCUCAGUUCUCGUCGGUCAGGGCGACUCCCGGGUGGCGGAAGUGGACCGCAAGGUGGAGGGUCUACAGGCGAGGCUGGACGAGGUGUUGGACAUGCUGAAGGACCGCAAGGCUCUGGACCCCUGGAGCCCCUGAAGCCCGCUCUCGCGGAAUCGCAUGCGCAUGAGCGGCGGGCGGCGGGUGUGUGUGUGUGUGUGUGUGUUCAGAGUGGUGACCCCUGGAUUUGGGGGAUGGUUUGA